GAUUUUGUUUGUUUUUUUAGGAUGGGAGGUAGGAAUGUGGAUUCGCACCGGUUGUAUUGGGUGGUGGUGGCCCGGGAUUGGUGGUUGAAGGUCAAUUCGCGUGAGGACUGGGGCGAGAUCAUCGAGGAGAUGGCGCUGCCGAAGCGUUGCGUGAACAACGAGAUUGCGUUGAAGAAGAUUAACUUCCGGUUUUUGGACAAGUACGCGAAAGUUUAUUUUCACGAUGGGCCUCCGACGAAGAGGAGGACGACGAAAAGCUACAUAAUCGGAGGUGGUCAGCGCAGAUGUUGCACUCGGUGCCGGCGGUUUACAGCACCGCAACUUCCCGCCCACAAACACUCACGUCGCGACGGCGCAGCUUCAGCCGAAUGAAUCUGGACAGUGAGCCAAAAAAAAUCUGUGUCAUUCUCGAAGUAGGAUUACGUGCUCAAAAUCGAACUCCGUUCCGAGGGCCUCAUCAACUCCAUGUUCCGGAUGCGCUUCCAGGAUCGGGAACUCCCCGUUCAGGCACUUUACUUUCCAGCCGGGAAACGUCGACCACCCUUCCCGAAUCAAUGGCCAACUCCUCCAAGACUGUCCUGAUUGAGGCCGGAAACGUGACCAUCGUGUUACACUGCUGUCGCGCGUCGAAGCCUCCAUCCGGAACCGUCCAGCCUGGGGUAUUCGGAAGUGACCGGUGGCGUACCGUAUGAAGCAGAAGCUAGUGGAGAAGCGUUAAAUACAAAAAAAAGUGUUUUUCUAACAUACUGUUUAAUUUUUUUUUAAAUAAAUGUAAAAAACCAAGCACAUUUUUCUGAAAUUAUCCCUGUAGUGCUAAAUGUUGUGUAUUCUUGCCAUAAAAGGUUUCUUUUCCAAUUAAAAGUAAAAUACUUUUACCAAUACAACGAUUUUGUUCCAUAAAUGCAUGGUAGUAUCAAAAACUUUCCAACUUUUAAAUUGAAAAGUUUGAACUUUCUACGAAUAUUCACCAACGCAAACUUUUAAUCCAACGAACGAUCUU